AUGACGGCGCACGACGACAAUAGUUCCAGCGAGAAUGCCUCAUCUCCCGUUGUCGACAAGGACCCUUCGUCCCAUAUCGAACAAAUCCACACCAAUGAGAGAAUCCCCGGUCAUCCUGGUUAUUACGAGAAAGAUGGCCUGCGGACUUAUGGCGACGAUGAAGAUCACGACCAUGAGCCUCCUGUGGGUAUCACAAAUCCAUAUACAUCGCUUACCAUGACUGACCGUUUCCGCGUAUAG